AUGUCUAGUCGAAGGUCAAGACAACAAUCAGGAGGGUCUACAAGAAUCUCUGAUGACCAAAUUAUCGAACUUGUUUGCAAGUUGCGUCAACUUGUUCCUGAGAUUCGUAGUAGGCGUUCUGACAAGGUACCAGCUUCUACGGUCCUACAAGAAACCUGCAACUAUAUCAGAAACUUACAAAGAGAAGUUGAUGAUUUAAGCCUCAGAUUGUCUCAGUUGUUGUCCACAAUCGAUGCUGAUAGUCCUGAAGCUUCUAUCAUUAGGAGCCUACUUAACCAAUGA